AUGACUGAAUCAGCACUAGUGACAGUCACCUGCCAUCCUGAAUUUUAUUUUGAAAAUGGCAUGUUCAUCUUCCAGGUCAAGAAUACACUGUACAAACUCAAUCACAACAUCUUGGUGAAUGAGCCCAAACUCUUCACUGACGUCUUUUCACUUGGCCAAUAUGCACCAGACAGCCAGGAGGGGAAGGUUGAUGGGCAACUGAUUAUUCUCAGUGGCAAAAAUUUGACUGUGCAAACUUUUGACUUGUUCAUCAAAUUCAAGUUCAUGUGUCCCUGUCCUUCCACCAAAUAUUCCUUGGAUGACCUCGAGAACUUGCUGGAAUUCGUCUGCCAUUUCCAAUGCAGUGCCUGUAUGCUCAGCUUCAUCACCUCUUGUGUCAUUGAGAGAGCAUACUUCUUCCAUCCUUCUGAACUCAUUUAUCUAAGCAUCGAGUACAAGAUUCAGGCCAUCUUCAAAAGAGGUUUCACUAGGCUUUGCAAAGUCUCACUGACAAAGAUUAAGAAGUCUCACUGUGUCCAGAUGGGGAUGGAUACUUAUGUUGCAUAUGUCUAUGUCAGGUCCCAUUUGGAUGAGUACAUCUGCACAGUCGCUGCAGAAUUUCCCCCCAUUGUGCAUUCUAGCAGCUGUCAGGAUCACAAAGGGUGUGCCAAGGAUUGGGCUGCAGUGUGGUGGAAUGGUAUGGGGCAACUCCUCCUUGAUGGAAGGAACCCACAGCAUUUGGACAAAGCUGUCAAUCACUUCAAAGGAUUGCAAUUUGGCCAGUGUUUUGAGACCUUGUUUCAAAUUUCGGCCAUUUUCAAAACUGAGGGCGCAGCUAAAUGA